AGCGCCGCUGACUCAGCGGCUCGUCCGAAAAGCCGCCAUACAGACCAGAAAGGUGUUGUCAGCAGGAACAUAUUUGAAAGUGCACUUGAUAGUUGGAGUUCCAGUCAUUGCAUCAUUUGGAACCUCAGGUGUACUAUAUAUAUCGCGCUGAGGGUUAUUUUUCGGUUUCCAAGAUGAAGGUGUUGGUCUUUGCAAUUUUCUUCAUAACAGUCCUACAAGCAGCUAGGUCACUGAGACCUGCUGACGAUCAUCCGUGCAUCCGAUCUUGUGACUUCUCAAUCCCCAUGACCUGCACGUACAACUGGGCGGUGAAUUGGUACUACACGAUGUCACAUCCCCAGUGUGGAGAUUGCCCAAGAACUGGAAGUGAUUGUAGUAACGACCAGUGUGUCGCAGCUGAUGGAGUUCAACGCGCAGUUAGUCUGGUCAACCGAGUAUUUCCAGCACCCAGUGUGCAGAUCUGCAGCGGUGACGAAGUGGUCAUCAAUGUGGCCAACAACAUGCUGAACAACGAAGGGGUGACCAUCCACUGGCAUGGUAUCUUCCAGAACGGCAGCCAGUUCAUGGAUGGCCUGCCCAUGGUGACGCAGUGUCCCAUCCCCUCACCCGGCAACUUCCAGUACAGGUUCACCCCCUACGAGCCCGGCACCCACUGGUUCCACUCCCACACCGGCCUGCAGCGAUCAGACGGCAUGAUGGGUCCGUUCAUCAUCCGGGAGAGCACUCGAACCGACCCAAACGGUAACUUGUACGACGAGGACUUGGCUGCAAAUGUCAUCUUCAUGAACGAUUGGUACCACGACACAACAGUUAGCGAGUUUGCGAGGGAUCAGUGGACAAUUAAUGGCUCGUCUAUUGCAUCAAUUCUCAUCAACGGAAAGGGGAUAGCACCAGGCACCAAACUCCCCCAUCCACCCCUUGAGGUCUUCAAUGUUGUGAGGGGUAAAAGGUAUCGUUUCCGGGUCAUCAACGGAGCUAGCAGCCCCUGCAACAUGCAAUUCUCGGUCCAGAACCACUCCCUGCAGAUGAUAGCCAGCGAUGGUGGGUCUUUCAAACCCCUGACUGUGGACUACUUCAGGAGCAGUGGAGGGGAACGGUUCGACUUUGUGCUGAACGCCAACCAGCCCAUCGAUAACUACCAGAUCCAGGUCAUCGGUCUGCCGUGCACUAACGCGCAGGGCGAACCAGCGAAGCAGAUUGCAUAUCUGCAUUACGAGGGCGCCAACGACCCACCAGCCAUCGAUGAAUUGCCUGACAUCACGUCGUACGGAAACUCGUCAACUUGGUGGCAGGCUUUCCCGGACAAAUCUUUCGCUCAGCUCAACUCAACAGACGCAGAUUAUAGGGCAACCGGAGGGGCGGAGGAUCAUCAGGAGUACAUACGGGUCGGAUUUGGUAGCCACACUGACCCUUCUACGAACCUUUCGAAGCUCUACCCGCAACUGAACAGCAUCACGUACUACUUCCCUACAUCGCCUGUGAUGAGCCAGUUUGAAGAUCUGCCGGGGAACAUAUUCUGCAACGAAUCCGACUUCGCACCGGGCGAAUGCGAGGGGGAGAAGUUGUGCUCUUGCGUGCACACCAUCAACGUCAACCAGAACGAGAGAGUUGAAGUCAUCCUAGUUAAUCCUGACAGCUUCAAAGUCUUGCAUCCCAUGCACCUCCAUGGGCAACAAUUCAAGGUGGUCGCAAUGGGCAGGGUCAAGGGAGCGUCCAUCAAAUUGGUCAGGGAGCUCCUUGCAAAUGGCUCAAUCGUUCGCAAUAACAAUGGCCCAAGGAAAGAUGUCAUCAUAGUGCCCAAUGAGGGUUACACCAUCUUCCAGUUCCAGGGCUGGAAUCCAGGCUGGUGGAUCUUCCACUGUCACAUCGAGUUCCACCUCGAGGAGGGCAUGGCGUUGCUUUUCAAUGUCCGCGGGGAUGUUCCUCCCGUACCGGACGCUUUCCCAACCUGCGGCGUUUGGCCGCCGAGGUCGCGGCAGGGUGAAGGCACCGGUGGACCUCCUCCUUGCCAAGAGCCGCUCGCUGGCGCCUCUCCCUUGGUCCAUCUAGCCUGGAUCAUCCCGCUCACGUUUGUGAUUGCCUUGGUCAUCGGCGUGGUUAUCGGCAGGUGUAUGGUGGGCAAAGGCGACGGUGCCACCCCGGCACCACACACCGACCCCAAGACAGAAACCAGCAUGUAGACCUUGAUUCAUUUUCCAGAGUGGUU